UUUGAUUCUCUCUCCAUGCGAUCUAUUUAAUCAUGGCCCUUCCUUUGUGAGACUUUUUUCAUCUUUAUUCCACUCAAGCUGCUCUAAUUUUCUGAUAUACAGAACGUCGUGAUAGAGUGUGUUCACCAUGGUUUGAUUUCGUGGGUAUAUGUCACCCCUGCAGCCCCUGUCCCUGUAGCGUGUUUCUGGAUGAGGCAAAGAGUGUGUCCAUAGCCAUCGUCAUUCUUGCAGAUAGCCUGUGUCCUGCAGUAGUUGUUUGGGUUAGGUGUAGUUGUAGAAGGAAGGAUCAUUGUAAGUUUGGUUGAAGUAGGAAGUCGAAAUUUUAGGUUUUCCUGUUGAACACGAUUUAGGGAAAAUUUCGUCACCCUGACCUAAGUUUCUUCAAGUCAUUGUCAGAUAGGUUGUAAUUUGAAGGAGGAGAAUAGAACUGUUGAUGAAGGAUUUUGAUAUGUGCAGAAUGUGCUGUCUGAAGGAGGAUGGUAGAUGUGUAUCAGAAGCCAUGUCAGGUCAGUAACAGAGGUUUGGUAUGCAUAGCUGUGAAGCAGGUUUACUGCUGAAACUCAAUUCAAUUUAAUGUAAUUUAAUUUAUUUUUUGAAAUGCUCAAAUGUUUCUCACUUGCACUUGUCUAUAAAUACUGCUCUCUUCUGUUCUUCUUGGUGUUCUUGCUCAAUGCAAUUUUCUUUUGCUUAUCUCCCCUUUCGUAUAGAGAAUUGUUGAUUGUUGUUACUUAUGGCUUUUACUGCUGGUCUUUUCCAUCCCCUUUGUAGCUUAUGCCCAAGCAAAGAUGUUUCCUGUUGUUGAUCCUGGCAAACCAUAUGCUAUUAAUCUUGUCUUGAUCGUUCAUAGGUUAUUUCUUUUCUUGAAGAAGUGCUAUGUGCUUGCUUCCAGAUGGUGAGGGAGAACAUGCUGCCCAUGUUGCUGGAUAUGGAAAAAGUAUCAAUGAAGGUGCUCUUACAAAUUUGGUGAAAAGAAAAUUGAAAGUGUCUGGUAGUGAGUUUUAUGAAGAUGCAGAUAGCAAGCUAAGAAAGGUUGAAACAAAGGUGGUGGAGAAGGUAGAAAUCACUGGUCAUGACUUUGCCAAUGCUGAUGAUGGACUGUUAGGUGAAAUUAAUCGCUUGAAGGAAAUUAAGAUAGCUGAUGGGGGGUCUGACUGUGAGGGUCGUUUUGUACCAGUUGCUGAGUUCAAGGUCCAGGAAAAACAUGAAAUUUCAACCUGCUGGCUUCUAGAGGUUCAUUACUGGAUGUUGGAUAUUGCUUACUCUGAAUGAAGAAUUCAAUGUACAUGGGUGUUAUGUGUUAGCAUUAUGUAUGUCCCUUUUUUGUAAAUCUAUGGGGCCAUUGAACUAAGUAUUGUAUUUAAUUAAGUGUGAUGCUACAUGUCCUAUGUUAGAACUGCAUGUAGUUUGGUGAACGUGAUAUGUAUUUGCUAUUUUGUAACCUCUUGAGAACUGUGAUGUGCAGAAUUGUAGUUUAAGUAACCCUAUUAUCAAUAUAAGUUUGUGUUUGUAUUCAUUGUGAAUGCUUCAUUUGUCCUUUUCCAACAAUAUGCUUAUAAGAAUGAAUAAAGUAUAUU